CACCAAAAUGAGGGAAAGGUAUUUGUGGACAAACUUCCCAUCGAGUCUACCGUAUACGUAGAGCCUAAGAGCGCAGGUAGUCGUACGGAACGGGUGUUUCACUUUCACAUCGAUGGCCAACAAAACUAUUCAACGGAUAAAGAGUUACCAAAACUAUUAUCACCGCAAAAGUGGUCUCAACUAAAGGGCCGGUACUUGAAGUCGGGUUUCGAUGAGUGUCUCAGAGAUAAUAAACUAAUCGCUGUUUACGAGGACUAUUGGCACCAGAAAUGGCUUCACUUUCUCAACGCUAUUGAUGAAAAUGCUUUGAUUACUAAACAUAAGCCACAGUUUGUCUCAUUUGGUGGACCGGUAGCUGAUAUUAUGGCCACACGUUAUGAUAAUGCGUUCAAUUGGACGGUAACUGCUUUAAUGGUUAAAGGGACAAUCUAUCUGCUCAAAACUGGACCUCAAAGGUCAACAUCAUUUGAGUACAACGACUGGAAAUACAGUGCACUCAAUAUGUAUCACAUGAUCACUGAUAGGGACGACAACCGGAAGAAUGAAUACGAGAAACACUUUGCCAUCAAUUGUCUGGACGUGGAGUCGCACCGACUAUUAACCCUCAACGAAGUCAGAGCCGUAGACGAUAAGCACCGGGAGGUCGACCUAAAAAUAUCAAAACCUGCCCGCACGGCAUGGGAACGCAACUACUUUACCGGCAAAAAGUUACUAAGAUUUUGGUGCAAAGGUUGGGUGCAGGGAAUGGAUCGGGUAGUCGUGGCUAACAUUCAUAAACAAAAUAACUAUAAGGUGUUGGACGUGGAGGCCAGGGAUGUGUCCCGUAUGCUCGGCCAGUCUCAGGGCAAGUGGUCCGACAGAAAGUGUAUUGAAUUUCUGAAUAGUUUUCUAACUUUUGUGAAAACAUGUAUUACUGACGAGAAUACUGUCUAUGAAUUUGAUUACAAGACGGACAGGGAGUUCGUUGAAUGCAAGUCCUAUACUAAAGGGUCGGACAUCCAGAGUAUUGAUACACUUCUGAGGGAUGGACUUAAAAUUUCUGAUUAA